AUGUACUUCUAUUUCGGUAGCCUGGGCGUUAUGUUCGCGCCCACCGAGAGUGUGUGCUCCUCGUACUUCUUUGUGAUGGGAGCUGUUUUGGUCGUGCCACAUGCUGACAGUGCUCAUGCGCAGGCAUGGUUGUGGAAAUAUUUGGUCCUGUGCAUACUGGCGCCAUACUAUUUGGCGGGAGGCUUCGGGAAGCUGCGAUACGCUGGUUGGAUGUCAGCUCUCACGGGAACUUGGAUUCAGCGAGACUUGUUGGGUUUCCCUUCCUUGUUUCCUGGCUUCAAUGCUUGGGUGGCCCGCACCCCGUUCAUGACAUUCCUAUUCUCGUUCGGGUGCAUGCUCGUCGAGUUCGUGGGGCCUUUGCUCGUCCUGGCCGUUGCUGGAGAGCCAUGCUCCAAAUUGGCAUUCUGGUCCGUGACAGCAUGGAGUUGCCUGGUCCUCUGCUUUCUCCUCGGAGCCUGGCUUUUCCUUUCACCGAACUUCAUUCGCCAGGUGCCUCUGACGAUCAUGAUUCUCUAUGGCCUCUGGGUUUCGGAGAGAUCCGAGGGCCACCGUGGCGAAUCUCAAGGCAUCUCAAUAUCAAUGUGCUACUGCAGAGUUGUCUUGGCUAUGGUUUUGUUCAGCGGGUGGUUUGCAGUUCAAGUGUGGUCAGAUCUGGCACAUCUCACCGGCGCAACCCCACAACUAUCAAAGCAUGAUCCAGCGUGGCCAAUCGGCGAGUUCGGAAUGUUCGUCUAUCCUUCGGAGACAUCAAACUACGUGCUGUCCUUGUCUCUCGAGACUCUGGUGUAUUUUGGCCUUUGUGUGAAGAAGUCACAAGACAUCUGGUCCGCAAAGAGCGGCAUAUGA